AUCUGUCAGUGCAAUCAAUCGCAUUGGGAUUUUGAGCGUGAUUGUGAUUGGGAGAGAUAGAGACAGAGAAAGAGAGAUACUUCGCGCCAGGGGAGCUCCGUUUCCAUCUCCAGUUCCAUUGAAUAUUGCAGUUGGUAGUUCAACGACUCGAAUGAGUUCCACACGGGAUCCCAAUAGCCACUGCCAAUUUUAGAUCACUUGACUGUCGCUUUCAACCGCAGUAAAAAAUAAAAAAUAAAAAAUAAAAACCCCCCCAAAGCAAAAGCACAACAAAACAAAACAAAAUGGCGGGAGGAUUGGUCAAAUAUAGGCAUCUGAGCCGCAACUCAGCACAUCGACAAGCACUGCUGCGAAACCUCGUCACAUCCCUCGUCAAGCACGAGAGCAUACGGACGACAUGGGCCAAAGCGAAGGAGGCCCAGCGCCUGGCCGACAAGCUCAUCACACUGUCGAAGCGGGACACUGAAACCGCGAGGAGGAAAGCCACCAGCAUUCUAUUCACGCCCUCCGAGCUCAUGCCCAAGCUCUUCACCACCCUCCGCCAGCGCUACCUCGAGCGCCCCGGCGGCUACACGCGCGUCCUGCGCACCGAGCCCAAGUCCACCUACGACCAGGCCCCCACGGCCAUCCUCGAGUUCGUCGACGGGCCCAAGGACAUGCGCUUCCACAUGGCCGCCGCCACCUACGCCCGCAACCAGGCCCUCGGCCUGCCCACCACCAACCUCACCCGCCUGAACCGCAAGAAGGCCACCCAGUUCCGCGAGGGCGGCAAGGGCGAGUUCGACUCCAUGGUCGCCAAGAUGCGCGGCAUGGGAUUCGGCGAGAGCCCCGAGGAGAAGAGGGCCAGGCACGAGGCCAGGCUCGAGAUGCUGAAGGAGGACAAGAAGAACGGCAAGGCCGCCAGGAGUAGGCCGCAGGUCGACACCGACGCCCCCCUGGGCGAGACGGCCGAGAAGGCUGGGAAGAAGAAUGUGAGCGUCCUGAGGUAAAAAGAAAACAGAUAAAUGGGAGAUCAAGCCCGGAGCCGAGAAAACCCGCUUGAAUUCGGGCUGUGUAGAAGGAACUGUAUUAUAUGGACAUAUUAGGCCUCAAAUCAUCAA